AUGUUUAACUAUUUGCUCUUCAUCAAGCACUUGGAGGCCACCGCCAUAUCAAGCAUGAUAUGCGAUGGGAUCAAUUAUAAAAGCGCUGAUAAGAGAUAUCAUCAAUUCAUUUUGGAAGAAGAAAUUUAUAAACUAUUUAUGAGUGAAUGUUCAUUAAAGAGUUUAGAAUUGGAUCACAUUAAACAUCAAAUCCAUCAUUUUCCCGGUGCGUAUAGGUGCCUAGCGGAUCUCGUCGAGUUGAAUACGAAUUCUUCCAUCCCUUCGGAAAUCUUUUUCGGUUUGUCACGAAUUUGCAAGCGUAUCAAAAAGAUUUAUGUAUACUUUGAUUACAUAGAUGAGGAGAAUUAUGGAUUCGUCAAGUUAAUUCAAGUUCAACAAAAUUUAAAACGUUUCGUUUGCACGAAAUCUUUUGAUAAUAAUAAUGACCCAUCCGAAGAACUCGGUCUCGCGUUAACAUCUUGCUCCCAAACUUUGACCAAUUUAGAAUCCAGAUUUAAACGUGAAAUCUUCCUUCCGCCAAGGAUUUUCCCUUUGUUCAGAAAUCUGAAGAUAUUACAAUUGCUUAAUGAUUUCCUUAGUGAGAGUUAUGAGGAACAACUUCAGGUUUCUUCCUACCCGAACCUUGAAAUCCUUUACAUAAAAAAUAUCUCCCCAUACACCAUUUCAAAGAUAAUUAAUAGUACCACGGGAAAGUUACGUAAAAUCUUGAUUCAGUAUAACAUCGGUGAUUAUUCGAAUUGUCUGAUUCAAUCCAUAAUUGAACAUUGUCCGAACGUGGAGAUUCUAUCCUUAAUCAUUGAUAUGGAUAAUCUGUUAUACUUUGUGAAAUUACUCGAUUCUUGUCGUCAGUUGAAGGGUUUAUUGAUUAGAUUAUCGGAUGAGAAUUAUAAAUACAGGAUCGACGAGGAAAGGGAAAAGGAUGGAAAGAGAUUUUUAAAUGCGCUCUUGAGAUCCUCAAGACAUUUAUUCCAAGCUUGUUAUAGUGAUACCACAAUUUCCAUGAAAUGUGUUAUUCGCCAUGACGAGCUUCGACUAUAUCCACCAUAA